AUGGUUGGAGACUGUGAAGACACUAUUGUAUUUGUGGAUAGUAAAGACAUGUUUGGAGACGGUGAAGACACUAUUGUAUUUGUGGAUAGUAAAGACAUGUUUGGAGACGGUGAAGACACUAUUGUAUUUGUGGAUAGUAAAGACAUGUUUGGAGACGGUGAAGACACUAUUGUAUUUGUGGAUAGUAAAGACAUGGUUGGAGACGGUGAAGAAACUAUUGUAUUUGUGGAUAGUAAAGACAUGGUUGGAGACGGUGAAGACACUAUUGUAUUUGUGGAUAGUAAAGACAUGGUUGGAGACUGUGAAGACACUAUUUCAUUGUCCAAGAAGGAACUAGUUGACUGUUGUGGGUUGCAUCAUUGUCCUAAGGCGGCUGCUGUCAUUGUUGUUAAAGAUUCUCUACCUGGAAAAAAAAAGUUCCAAGUAGCACGGCCUAUGCUCUUUUCCAAGGAACUUAAAGUGAGCCUCAGCGCCGGAGAGCCGCUGUUCCUCAGACUUUACAUCUGUGGAGAUACCAAGCAACGCAUG